AUGGAAGACCUUGCGCAGAAAGUGCAAUUGUACUCGGAGAAAACCCUCCGAGAUAUCGCCAAAGGUCCAUUGGUGAAAUUCACACUGACAUGCCAAGAGACUGAAAAGGUGAACCGGGUAUGGCAGUCGUUGGUUCAGACGCUAUCGACAGCAUCCAUCUCGCCACCUCAUUCUGCAGAGGCAUGCAAUGCCGCCUCUGCUUUUAUUGAUGCUGCUACGAAGUCACAAUGUGAUACGACUCAACGGUUGAUUUUCUCACAAGAAGCGUGGCUUUCAAUAUUUGAUAUUUGUUUGACUCGAUAUGAAGACGCUAAGCCAAAGCCUGUUAAGAAACUGCUCGCCUCAGUCACUGCUAUCCUAGCCAAAAGCCACCAAGGAACGACAAGAGCAGCCCUUCAAACUGCAAUCAUUGAUGCCAUAAUCCCUAGUAUAGUGCUUGGGGAGCCCCAAUCAAGACUGAAGGGGUGCCUGGUGUUUUUGGAAACAUUCAUCAGAAAGGAUGCCCUGUUACCCAGCGAGUUUAUCACAUUGACUCGCCAGUGGUUGUUGAAGAACACAGAUAAAUGGGCAACUCUCUUCGCCAAUGAUCAUGAAACUCUUUCCCAAGGGGAAUCAGGCCCCGCUUUUGACACUGCAUCUGGCAGCCUGUCCGAUGAACUAGCAGCAAGGAUAUUUGUUCUUGGGCUCUUAAUCCAAACCAACAACAGAACCAUGGCUCUACCAGCUGGCAACGUUUUGGCAAUUUUGAUCCAGAAGAUGAAGCCUGAAACCUCACCGGAAAAGCUGUCAGCGAUGUGGGUAAUGCCAGUGAGACGCAUAGUCUUACAAAACAUAGAAACGUUGGAAGACCUGUCCAAUAGGCUCCUACAGCCUCUGUUCACCAUUGAUCACAAUGGAUUUAAGGUUUUCCUUGACACUCUCCCUGUCAAGAGCCUUAUCAGAGGUGAUAUGACCGAUGCGCCUGAGGCAGAGUAUAUGGUUCUUUUCGCUGCUCUCCAGAUCGGCAAGAAAAUCAACUUGGUUCACGAAGAUUAUAUUUUUAACGUUGGCAAAAUGAAACUCGACAAAAAUGUGUUGGUCAUGAAGAGCGACGUGAUCGGCAACUUUCUCCUGCACCGCGAGGCUAAUAUCCGUAUAGCGGCUCUCUCGCUGCUCAUCACGGCAUUUUCCACAGUAAAACCAUUUACGGUGACGGCCACGAAUGCUAUUCUUCGAGGAUUACCCUCGAUGCAUGCUGAAUCCGACGCAUAUACUCGAGGAGAAAUUCUGAGUCUGACACGCAAAUUCUUUGUUCGUCUAAGGGGCGGCAUUGUCAAAGAUGAAGAUGUUGUUUUAGAGACAGAGAAAAAUGCCAACAAGCCAGCUCAAGGUCAGGUCAGAAAUGAAACUGAAACCACAGAGUUCUUAAAGGCAUACCUCAAGUUGUUGGGUAAUGAUUUGCGUCUGGCGGCCUCAUAUUCGCGCCAUAUUACGGCUCUCAAAGCACUGAAGCUCCUGCUGGACUCCGGUCUUGAUCCACGGAUAGAAGUCAAGCUUCAAAAAUCAGAGAUGGAAAAUAUUUGGAAAGUCCAUGUCGAAGUGUUUGACGCCCACCUACUCCGGUUGUUGGUUGAUCUCCUGCUAGAUCCAUUUGAGGAAGUUCGACAAACAGCGCUUUCAAUCUUGAGUUUGUGCCCUCGAGAGAUUCUGCUCAACGGUUUGCACAACAAGACAGACGACCAGUCGGCUGUAGGCAUGCGGUUGACAGAUGCAAUUACCCGAGCGGAAAGCCUGGCAAGUAACACGAGCAGAGCUGAUCACGCUGAUACUGUUGCUCGUCUAUACCACAUCGUCUUUUGCGCAGCCCUGCCAGCCAACUCCGGUCAACCGGUUUCUGAUUGGUGGACAACUAAGGCAUCAGUAGUCGACACAAUUUUGAAAAAGCUUGAGGAACGUCUCCUAGAUUCAAAGACCCUUUUCCACUCCGCUAUGCGUGAGGCGCCACUUCAUGGAUAUACGUCCGGUCUUAGGUAUAUUGUCCUUAUGCCAAGCUUCCACUCCCUGAUAUCUGACGGGUCGGGAUCUGCUGCUUGGCGGUCUGUCCAUGACCGUAUUGUUGCAAUUUGCGAUAAGAUCUGGAUUGAGGCAAAGCCUUUGCUGUGUAUCGACUCACCCGAAGGUCACUCGGACGAGCCCACCGAGGAUCUGAACGUGGGACCCAAGGACGCUCUUUCUUAUUCUUGGAGAUCUCUUCGCGAAGCAAGCCUUUUGCUCCAUGCCACUAUGGUAAACACCAGUUACGGACCAAGCGGCACUGACGGACUCAAUUUGGCGGAUUUUGCAAACAUUGGAGGCGUUAGCUUCACACAGCUGGCUGAGCUCCGCCAUCGAGGUGCAUUUUCCAACGUCUCACAGACAUUUGCAACAUGCUGUCAACGAUGCAGCUCCUCGAAGGAUCCGUCAAUCCGAGAACUUCCUAGGAACUGGUACCAGGAAGCUAAGUCGACCAUCUUUGGCUCGGCAUCUCAACUCACCCGUCGGUCCGCUGGCUUGCCUGCAUUGGUGACAGGAAUUGUUGGCUCUGAUCCCGGAACUCCAUUCUUCAACGCGGCCAUUAAUGAACUCCACGAGAUCUCAUCCCUUCCCGUGGAGUACGACAAAGAGAGACAGUACUUGGAACUGCCCCAGGUUCAUGCAAUGAAUUGCCUGAAAGAUAUCUUCACCAACGCAAAGCUUGGCUUCCAUACCGAGCCAUUCAUUAUGAAGGCCCUGACGCUGUCCGCCGAACGCCUAGGGUCGCCAAUCUGGGCCCUUCGCAAUUCAGGACUGAUGCUCUUCCGUGCCCUACUCACAAAAAUGUGUCGGGUCAUUCCUGGUGCUGGGCCUGGCUUUGGAGGAAACUCGGGCUCAGAGCCAGGAUCUCGGAUAACAUUCCCCAAGUAUCCUGGUCUGCUUGAACUGCUCUCUGGCCUUCUCACAACGACGCAAGGUGAAGCAGCGGAGGGUACUGAGAUUAUUACCGAGCGCGUGUUCCCUGCGCUGGAACUCGUUGGUGACAAAGUCCCCAGCUUGGAUGAUCCUACUGAUGAAAUGCUACGCGGAUUGGUUCUUCAGCACCUCAGCAGCCCUGUUUGGGGUGUUAGAGAGCAUGCAGCUCGUGUGUAUGCGUCGUUGCUCACUCGACAACAUAUCCCGGAAGAUUUACGCACUCUUAUUACGGCGCCCUCAAAAAUCACCGAGAAUUAUGUCCAUGGUGUUGCUUUGUGUGUACGAUAUGCCCUUCGUCGAUACUCCCUCGCCACGGAUGAUUUUUGGAGAUCAAACCUUGAUGUACUUUUCACGACGUUGCGCACUGUAUUAGAGGUCCUGUUCCGUCUUGGGAAAUCGCCGACAGUAGCAAGCGAGCUUGUUGAAAUUCUUAAUGGCACGAUGGAGCGGGCGAUCCAAGCACAGAGCGAAGACCAAGUUAUUUCUUUUAUCAACGAGAUGUUCGAGGUUCACGACCUUGAUGGGAUUUUGAGAUUUGUUUUUGACGCUUCUCAGGCGGGAUGGAACCUCUCAAGUACUAGCCGAGCAUCUGCCCUCCUUAGAAGAGCGCUUGCCUGGUGCACAACAUUGAAAAUGCUUACUUCUCAGCAGUGGGAACAGCUCCCAGCAUUCUUCAUUGGCGUAUCACAAUUCGAUGCAGAUGUCGCUCGUUGGAUUUUGGAGCAGCUCCACGAGUCAGUUGGCGAAGACGAGAGGUAUAGACAGCCAUUGGCUGAUUUGUAUUCGUCCGUGAUUUUGGGAAAUAGUCGACCUGAUGUGAAAACAAUGGCCGCAUCCAAUUUGGCUUCUAUUUUGGAAAACUUAAUAUCAUCACAGUUCGACUCUGUGCCAAGCAUCGGUCUGCCAUGGGAUGCUAUUGCAAAUGGCUUCCGCCCUGGAACAGAUAUCACAGCCUGGAACCGAGAGGCAACAGACGCUGAGCUCAGACUUCGAGGCUGUCUACUGGCCAUUCGGUCAUCUGUUGAUCAGACACCAUCGUCCUCAUUUGAAGGCGAUGUCCACAGCUGGACUAUCAAGCUUCGCUCUGCCUUGAGCGAGGAGACGGAAUUCACAACCCGUUUUGCUGCAGCCGUAUCUGUUGGCAGCUUUUCACGGGCUCUCAGAUCCCCUGGUUCCCAGCCACACGUGGAUGCGGUGCUGCUGGACGUCUAUCUGGUCUUGUAUGACAUGCUCAAUGACGACGACGACGAAAUUCGUGAUGUGGCUGCAUCAGCUGCCUCUUGGGUUUUGUCACACUCGUCCGUUUCACCUGACGCCGAUGUGACCCUGGCGCCUCUCAAUGCAGGCGCCCUGCUUGCCGACUUUAUUAUCGAUAACUAUUCAGAUUCCGCACUCCUCGGGCAACGGGUUCUUCGAUAUUUGACUAGCCAAGAGCCAAGGGUCAGUGGAUCUGACGAACGCAGUCACUUAGUUGCUGUGUCAGACCAGAUCGCAGAGCAUCGCCAAGAGAGUACCGUUCUCUUCGUGGAGGAGAAACAAAAUCUGUUUAUCGAUGAUGUGCGUGAGGUUGAGGUUUGGUCACGAGCUCUGUUGCGGUUGACUCACUCGGCGUACAAUAAGCUCUCGUUGGAUGAAACUUCUGCUUGGGCCUUUGACGGAUUAACAUAUCUCUGUUCUCUGGUUGGCUCUGAGAAAGAGGCAGAUGGACUUCUUGGUUGGGUCUCGAAGCCUGAGAUCUUCACCCUAGGUCUCCGCGUUAUUAUCAUUUCAUCUGCUCUAGGCUCACAGGUCUUCCCGGCACCGGAGAGUCUGCGAGUGCAGCCAAAUGCCUUCCGGGCAUCGCUUGAAUCCCUCUUAGGCGCAGGCAAAUCGUCAUCAGUCCAUGGGGAUUGGUUGUCAAGAAUCCAGGCUGCAUUGGAAAUGUGA